AUGGGGAUGAAUCAUUACAUUGCUAGGACCUUCCUAAUCAACAGAAACUAUGGAAACAUCCUGGCGGUGGACACAACAGGAGCCAGUGCGGACACCGCCAGUCAAGACGGCCUGGGAUAUACAGCUUUAUUUAUAGGCGUUGCUGCUUCUCACCAGAUGGCCAGUACGGACCUGUCGCGCCUAAACAACUACAAGUCACAGAUACUUCAGGCCGCCAGCGCCAAGAACAUGGACCCUGCCGUCAUCGCCGCCAUCAUCAGCCGCGAGACGCGCGCAGGCGCAGCACUGGCCCCCGACGGAACAGGGGAUAAUGGGAACGGAUUCGGGCUCAUGCAGGUGGACUACCGCUACCACACCCCAGCAGGCGGCCCGUACAGCACCGAGCACAUGAUGCAGGGAACUCAGAUCCUCAUCGACACCAUCAACUGCGUCAGGCAGAGACAUCCUGGCUGGACCGCCGAGAUGGCCCUCAAGGGCGGAAUUUCCGGGUACAACGCCGGGUGCGGUAACGUGCAGACGUACGCCGGGAUGGACGUGAACACCACAGGCGACGACUACGCCAAUGACGUCGUCGCGCGCGCCCAGUGGCUGAAAGCACAUGGAUUUUAGGUUCCACGGGGUCAAAUAUAUUUUGGAGGUCCACGUUAUCUAUGGCGGAAAGAAAAGAUCAAAUAAAUCUCUUGAACUAAAUUGUU